AUGAGUGUGGUUCAGUUUAUUAAUGAAAUCAAUCAAACAUACAGUAUAUCAGACAAUCGUCAAAAAAUUGAUCAAUUGACAAGACUACUAUCUAUAAAUCCUCAACAAAAUAAAUAUAUUGCUAUAAUAUAUAAUUCCAAAUCCAUCCCAUCAACAAUAACAACAUUAUACGAUGAUGAUUGGUCAGCUUUUAGUUUAAUUUUAACCAGUUUUAUUAAAUUAUGUCAUUUAAUGGAUCCUUGGUCUCUUUUGAAAUCAUUCGAUUUAUACACCACUUUUUUAAAUGAUUUAUCAGUUGGAUUCAAUAAUAAUUCUUAUGGUUGGUUAUUAUCAAAUAUUAUUAAAGAUACAAUAUCUCAAAUGGUACCUUGGGCAAGAAAAUUGGAUUUGAUAAUGUAUUUCAAAGAACAAGGAGGUAAAUUCAGAUUGAAUUAUAUGGCAAGUAUCAUUUUGAAAAUGUUUAAUAAUAUUAGAAUUAAUGAUUCUAAUGUUUAUAAAAAAUCCAUCAUAUUAUAUUUGGGUAAUACUUUAUGUUAUAUCUAUUUCAAAUUAGAUAAUCCCUUAUUGUGUCGGAAUAUUUUCAGUAAUAUGCAAAAUACAAGCUUAAAAUUCAAUGAGUUUAAUCUUGAUCAACAAUUGAAAUAUCGAUAUUAUUUAGCCCGAUAUUAUUUGAUCAAAUAUCAAUUAAUUGAAAGUUUCAAUCAUUUACAAUGGUGUCUAGUUAACACUUCAAGUUUGAAGAAUCAAAAAUUAACCCUUGAAUUGUUAUUACCUGUAAGUUUGAUACUUGGGAAAAUACCUAAUUUCAAUUAUUUAUCUCAACAAGGAUUUAAUUUCCCCUUUGUACAAAUGUAUCAAACUUUAUCCAAAUCCAUAAGAGCAGGUGAUUAUUCUAAAUUCAAGCAAGUAAUUGAUUCAAACUAUCAUUAUUUAAAGGAUAAGAAUUUAUUAUUAUUGAUGAACAAAGCGGAAAUACUUAUAUUAAGAAAUUUGAUCAAGAAAGUUUGGAUCGUGCUUGAUAAACCCAGCACAAUGAAUUAUUUAAACAUACCAAUUGAAGGACAUUAUAAUGACGAAUUGUAUUUGGAGAAUGUUUUUGUCACGUUAAUUGAUUCAAAUUUAAUUAAAGGGAAACUAACUAGUAGUAAGACUGUUGUAUUGAGUAAAACUGAUACGUUCCCCGAUGUUUUCAAUAUUUAUAAAUUGAAAUAUGGCAAUAAUAAUGGUAAUUCAAAUCAAUGGGUUUAA